GAGAAUUGCUAGAGGCUGUCCACUCUCCUUUUCCCAGUGUCUCUCCAAAUUAUGCUGAUAAAAAUAAUUCAUAAUACUUCACCACAAUGGAAGAGACAAUACAAAUGAGAUAGAGAUCAGGUUAAACUUGUUUCUUCUAUGUGAUGCCAUUCCAGCACUGGACUCAUGGAGGCUGAGCCUUUGUUCAGAUUUUAUCUAUUUGAGAAGCAGAGUUACAGACAGAGAGAAGGGGAGACACAGAGAGAGGUCUUCCAUCUGCUGGUUCACUUCCCAAACAGCCACAAUGGCCAGAACCGGGCCGACCUGAAGCUAGGAACCAGGAGCUUCUUCUGGGUCUCUCAUGCAGGAGUCCCUAGAGGCACUGUAUUCUAUUGAAGAACAUGUCUAACAGUAACACUACUCAAGAGACCCUGGAAAUAAUGAAAGAAUCAGAAAAAAAACUGGUAGAAGAAUCUGUAAACAAAAACAAGUUUAUAUCCAAGACUCCAAGUAAGGAAGAAAUUGAAAAAGAAGGUGAAGAUACCAGUUUGCGUCAGGAGACACAGGAUUAUGAGUCCCUGUUUGACAAGAGGCGGACAUCCAACCAUGGUCAUGCAAGAAAAAGAGCCAAGUCUAAUUCCAAGCUGAAGUUGGUACGAAGCCUGGCAGUGUGUGAGGAGUCCUCUACCCCAUUUGCUGAUGGGACACUAGAAACCCAGGAUAUAAUUCAGUUGCACAUCAGUUGUCCUUCUGACAAGGAGGAAGAAAAGUCCACUAAAGAUGUCUCUGAAAAAGAAGACAAGGACAAAAACAAAGAAAAGGUCCCAAGGAAGAUGCUCUCCAGAGACUCCAGCCAAGAAUAUACAGACUCCACUGGAAUAGACCUGCAUGAAUUUAUUGUAAAUACACUGAAAAAGAACCCAAGGGACAGAAUGAUGCUGCUAAAAUUAGAACAGGAGAUUCUGGAAUUUAUUAAUGACAACAAUAACCAGUUCAAGAAGUUCCCUCAGAUGACCUCAUAUCACCGGAUGCUAUUACACCGGGUAGCUGCCUACUUUGGGAUGGAUCACAAUGUUGAUCAAACUGGGAAAGCUGUCAUCAUCAACAAAACCAGUAACACAAGAAUUCCUGAGCAGAGGUUCUCAGAACAUAUAAAGGAUGAGAAGAAUGCAGAAUUUCAACAGAGGUUCAUUCUGAAAAGAGACGAUGCCAGUAUGGACCGAGAUGAUAACCAGAUCAGAGUUCCAUUGCAGGAUGGAAGGAGGAGCAAGUCAAUAGAAGAGAGAGAGGAGGAAUAUCAAAGGGCCCGAGAGAGAAUAUUUGCCCGAGAGACUGGCCAGAACGGAUAUCUAAAUGACAUCAGACUCUCCAAAGAAGCCUUUUCUUCUAGCUCUCACAAGAGAAGGCAGAUUUUUAGGGGGAACCGUGAGGGGUUGAGCCGCACCUCAAGCAGCCGCCAGAGCAGCACAGACAGCGAACUCAAAUCCCUGGAACCACGGCCUUGGAGCAGCACCGACUCGGAUGGCUCUGUCCGAAGCAUGCGGCCCCCUGUCACCAAAGCCAGCAGCUUCAGUGGAAUCUCCAUCCUCACCAGAGGUGACAGCAUCGGUAGCAGUAAAGGUGGCAGUGCAGGAAGGAUCUCCAGGCCAGGUAUGGCACUAGGUGCCCCAGAAGUGUGCAACCAGGUCACCUCAUCCCAGUCUGUCCGGGGCCUUCUCCCUUGUACUGUCCAGCAGCAGCAACAGCAGCAACAGCAGCAGCAGCAACAGCAACAACAGCAGCUUCCUGCUCUCCCACCCACGCCUCAGCAGCAGCCACCCUUGAAUAAUCACAUGAUCUCACAGCCAGUCCCGGCUCUGCAGCCCUCUCCGCAGCCUGUUCAGUUCUCUCCAAGCUCCUGUCCCCAAGUCCUUCUGCCAGUCUCUCCGCCCCAGCAGUACAACAUGGCAGAUGACCUCAGCAACCCCUUUGGACAAAUGAGCCUCAGCCGCCAAGGUUCUGCUGAAGCAGCUGACCCCUCUUCAGCUCUGUUCCAGCCCCCACUUCUCUCCCAGCACCCCCAGCAGACUAGCUUCAUCAUGGCUUCCACAGGACAGCCCCUCCCCACUUCCAACUAUUCCACUUCUAGCCAUGUACCACCUACUCAGCAAGUCCUGCCGCCCCAGGGCUACAUGCAGCCCCCUCAGCAGAUCCAGGUUUCUUACUAUCCCCCUGGACAGUAUCCUAACUCAAACCAGCAAUAUCGACCUCUCUCUCACCCGGUGGCCUACAGCCCCCAGCGUGGUCAGCAGCUGCCUCAGCCAUCCCAGCAGCCUGGUUUACAGCCCAUGAUGCCUAACCAGCAGCAGGCGGCUUACCAAGGCAUGAUUGGGGUCCAGCAGCCCCAAAACCAGGCCCUACUCAGCAACCAGAGGAGCGGCAUGGGGGGCCAGAUGCAAGGCCUAGUGGUUCAGUACACUCCACUGCCUUCUUACCAAGUCCCAGUGGGUAAUGACUCACAAAAUGUGGUCCAGCCACCUUUCCAGCAACCUAUGCUGGUCCCUGCGAGUCAGUCUGUGCAAGGCGGCCUCCCAGCAGGGAGUGUACCGGUGUACUACAGCAUGAUUCCACCAGCUCAGCAGAACGGUACGAGCCCUUCUGUGGGGUUUCUGCACCCUCCAGGGUCUGAGCAGUACCAGAUGCCUCAGUCUCCCUCUCCCUGCAGUCCACCGCAGAUGCCACAGCAGUACUCAGGAGUGUCACCUUCUGGACCUGGUGUAGUGGUCAUGCAGCUGAAUGUCCCUAAUGGACCCCAGGCCCCUCAGAACCCAUCCAUGGUCCAGUGGAAUCACUGUAAAUAUUACAGCAUGGACCAGCGCGGUCAGAAGCCUGGAGACCUGUACAAUCCUGACAGUAGCCCCCAGGCCAGCACACAACUGAGCAGCAGCCCGGUCACCUCUCCCACCCAGUCUCCAGCUCCCUCGCCUGUCACCAGCCUCAGCAGCGUCUGCACAGGGCUCAGUCCUCUGCCUGUCCUCACACAGUUCCCCCGGCCUGCAGGUCCUGCACAGGGUGAUGGGCGCUACUCUCUCUUGGGCCAGCCAUUACAGUACAAUCUGUCCAUCUGCCCUCCCUUGCUCCAUGGCCAGUCGACUUACACGGUGCACCAGGGACAAAGUGGAUUGAAGCAUGGAAACCGAGGCAAGAGACAAGCACUCAAAUCUGCCUCCACUGACCUGGGGACCACAGACGUUGUCCUGGGGCGGGUACUGGAGGUGACAGAUCUCCCUGAGGGCAUCACUCGCACCGAAGCGGACAAACUAUUCACUCAGCUCGCCAUGUCUGGUGCCAAGAUACAGUGGCUCAAGGAUGCUCAGGGGCUGCCUGGCGGGGGCAGCGGGGACAGUGGUGGGACUGCCGAGAAUGGCCGCCACUCGGACCUUGCCGCCCUGUACACCAUCGUGGCUGUGUUCCCCAGCCCCCUGGCUGCCCAGAACGCUUCCCUUCGCCUGAAUAACUCCGUCAGUCGCUUCAAACUACGAGUGGCCAAAAAGAACUAUGACCUGAGGAUCCUGGAGCGAGCCAGCUCCCAGUGAAUGGACACCAAGGGCCAGGAACCGGCACAGCAGGGGUGGGGCAGGGUGCAGGGGCAGAGGGAUCCUGACACAUGCGCACAGAGGCUGCGGCGGGGACAGUGCUGGGAACAGGUGUGCCGGCAUGAACUCCUUUCUGCCCCCUGCCGCGGGUCUCCUCGUUGCCUGGUUGGCCCCUUCUGCCCCUCUCCUUCCCAUACUCUUCUAUCAUUUUUUACCUCUUCUUCCACCAUGAAAUCAAUUUCUUUCGUAUUUUUUGGUCAGGUAGAAUUGGGAGGGUCCCACACUUCCCUAUUCUCCUGUUUCCUUACCAUCACAAGCCUCCCUUUCCUUUUUGAGUCUUUAUGAAUAUAUUUAUAUGAACAGAAUUAAGACGGACAAAAUUGAUUUCCCUGUUCUCUAACUUCUCCCAUCUUGUAUCCCCAAGCCCCGCAGAGUUAAAACUUGGGACUCCCCCGCCCCUAGAACUCUUGUAUCUUGUUUGUUUGAGGUUUGUGCCACAGUGACAGAUGCAGUAUUUAAUUGCACAUACAGAUGUUUGCUGGGGAUAUUCACUGUAAAUUUUAUUUAAUCUGGUUUUUGUUUGGGGGGGGAUUAUCCGAGGGGAGGUUGGCUUUGUUUUUAAAUAUUAAAAAAAAAAUCUGUCACUGGA